AUGAGUAGCAGCCGUAGUCCUUACAAAUUGGCACUGUCGGACUUGAUUCCGGCAGUAGCUGACAACGGAAUCGGAAAUGAGUCCAUCAGUGAUGUUCAGUUAUUGCUCGGAGCGAUAGAAGAGCUCCAGGAAUGGAAUGGUAGUACCCUAGCUGAUAACGAAACCGGUUCCGGUAACCUGUCACGAGUGCUCGGAAGUGUUGCUCCCUCUACAGUUCCCUCGUCCUCGUCGUCCUCGAUGUCAUCCACGUUGGCCUACCUGUUGGAGGCCGGUCGCGUCCAGAUUCCCCUGUACAGUGUUAUCUUUCUGUUGGCUGUGAUAGGCAAUUCGUUGGUGAUUCUCACCCUGGUGCAGAACAAGCGGAUGCGAACCAUCACCAAUCUGUUCCUGCUCAAUUUGGCUGUGUCGGACCUGUUCCUCGGAGUGUUCUGCAUGCCGUUCACCCUCGUCGGGACGCUGCUGCGGGACUUUGUCUUCGGGGAGGUCAUGUGCAAGCUGUUGCCGUAUCUGCAAGCUUCGUCAGUGGCGGUAUCGGCUUGGACGUUAGUUAUAAUCUCGGUGGAGCGCUACUACGCUAUCUGCCAUCCGUUGCGAUCCCGACGGUGGCAAACGCUCAGUCACGCGUACCGUCUCAUAGCGCUCAUCUGGUGCGGCAGUCUGUUCUUCAUGCUGCCGAUCGCUGUGCUUAGCAAAUUGAUUCCCACCAAUCAAGGUCACCACAAAUGCCGCGAGCUGUGGUUCGACCGAGGCUACGAGCGAGCCUACAAUCUCUUCUUGGAUGUGAUUCUACUGGUGCUUCCGCUGCUAAUUCUGGCCGUGACCUACUCGCUUAUCACGCGGACUCUCUGCCGGGGGAUGCACGACUUUCGGCGGUACUCGAAGGCACUCUCGACGGCACGGUCCACCGAUGGGGAGCUGAUGACGACGAUGACCGCGGCCACCGACAUGGCAGUAGGCCGGGAGCGGUCCUUCCGUCGCCAUAACAACAAUAAUCGAGCAGCCGACCAGUACCUGGAGGUGUACAUCCGUCCAAAUGGAAGCACCAACACGCGCUGCCCAUCGAUCAAAUGCCACCGAACAACUUCCUCGACCACUCCGGCCACGACAACAUCCUCCGUGGCCGCUUCGUCCACCGAAACAAUGGAAACGACGGUUGCCGCUGCAACGGGCACCCUGCUGUCGGACACCAUCCCGGGGAACGAUAUCGUCGUUAGUUGGAACCAUCACCAUCACUCCGGCCAACAGCCGGCGGAUUCGACGUCCUCGUGUUCACCGUUCCGUUCGACGGCCUCCAUCAAGGACUCGAACCGACUGAAGAAUCCUGCGUUGAGAAAAUCCAACAUGGAGAAAAGCCUCACCAACAAGAAGCGCAUCAUAAAAAUGCUGUUCGUGGUGGUGCUGGAGUUCUUCAUCUGCUGGACGCCGCUGUACGUGAUCAACACGAUGGCCCUGUUCUGGCCGAGCACCGUUUACCACAAUCUGGGCUACACGGCCAUCAGUUUCUUCCAGCUGUUGGCGUACUCGUCUUCGUGCUGCAAUCCCAUCACCUACUGCUUCAUGAGCGGCGGCUUUCGGAAAGCGUUUCUCAACCUGUUCCGGUGCUUCCGGCCGUGCUCCGGAGGGUUUGAUGGCGGGGGACUUCGGCGCAACCGUCGUAAUAGUAGUGCCAUGUGCGGUUUGUACGUGACCAGUGGUUGUGAGAGUGCGGGUGGGGUUGGAACGGCUGCCCUGCUUAGGAAGUAUAGCAGCCGACGGAAGCAGCAAUCGCUACGAACCAUGGACACCGUCCUCAGCACCGAUGGAGUAGUCAGCUUGAAACAGCGGGAUCCAACGGUGGCGAUGGCUAGUGUUUCUAACGCACCUUCUGAAAAUGGUCAACAACAGCAGCAGCAGCAACAUCUUCAUCAUCAACACCAUCGGUUUUGUCAUCACAGUCAGAGCCAAGAGUAGCGUAGGUGCUAAUUGCUUUUAAAGGUGAUGAAAGUUGUGGGGAACAUUAGGGUGGCUCCAAAUCAAACAGCUCAUUCAAUUCUAACUCAGAUUCUGACUGUCCUCCCAAAAUUUGAGCUCAUUAGGAUUAAGACUUAUGCAGCCUACAGACGCUCAGAUGGUUUGACCAACAUUUACUCCGUUUGUUAUAUUUCUUGUGAUUGUUAUUUUUCCGAAUUCUGAGGCUGUAGUGGAAAAAUUCCUACGUUUUCUGGACAAUAAUCAUAGUUAGGAGAGCCUGCUCUUUCAAAAUGUAAGUAUUGGAAGAAAUGGAUAUUGAUGAGCAAUUCCACUUAUAAUUCGCACGAAGCAAAAUCGGUAAAACUUUAACAGUGU